AGGUACUAAUGAAUUAAAGUGACGGAAAUAAACUACGGUAUCGUACCACAAAAAAAGGUGAAGUGCAUUUCAGCCGAUGCUUUUUAUCUCUAUUUAUUCCUCCUCUCCUUCAUAUAAAUUGCCCUCGCCUCUACUCUACUCCCCCCAAUCUUUACUCUUCUCCCAUUCUUUGCCCGUACCGUGUCACCCUGUCCGAGUUCAAUAUGGUCGCUGCUCCCAACUCAGAGCCUGUCACUCCCGUUUCGCCUUUCGAGGUAGCUGACGGUGUCGAGGUACCCCGUCCGAAGGAUGUUGGUAUCCUGGGUAUGGAGAUGUAUUUCCCCCGUCGCUGCAUCUCGGAGGAAGACCUGGAGGUCUUCGACGGCGUUGCCAAGGGCAAAUACACUAUUGGUCUUGGACAGCAGUUCAUGGCUUGCACUGAUGACCGUGAAGACAUCAACUCGUUCGCUCUUACUGUCGUGUCAAACCUGCUCGAGAAAUACAACAUUGACCCGUGCUCCAUCGGCCGACUUGAUGUCGGCACAGAGACGAUCAUUGACAAGUCCAAGUCCGUCAAGACCGUCCUCAUGGACCUGUUCGCGGUAGCAGGCAACACCGACAUUGAGGGUAUCGACUCCAAGAACGCGUGCUACGGCUCCACUGCUGCGUUAUUCAACGCAAUCAACUGGAUGGAGAGUUCGUCUUGGGACGGGCGUAAUGCAAUCGUCUUCGCCGGCGACAUUGCGAUUUACGCGGAAGGUGGUGCACGCCCAGUUGGUGGUGCUGGCGCGUGUGCCAUGCUGAUCGGACCGAACGCCCCGUUGGUCUUUGACCCCAUUCACGGCACGUACAUGGCCAACACCUAUGACUUCUACAAGCCGAAGCUCGACUCUGAGUACCCAGAGGUCGAUGGACCGGCAUCUAUCACGACCUACCUUACCGCGCUGGACAACUCUUACUCGCGUUUCCGCGAGAAGACCGCCAGGGCUUAUAAGUGCAAGACCGGGCUUACGAACGGCGAAGCAAACGGCACCGAAAAGAAGGAAGAGGACCCGAAAUCUAUCUUCUCCCUCGACAGCGUCGACUACCCCGUUUUCCACUCUCCUUACGGCAAGCUCGUGCAGAAGGGACAUGCUCGCCUCCUUUUCAACGACUUCCUCUCAAAACCCUCGACGCCUAAAUUCGCUAAUAUCACUGAUCCUGAAGCGCUCCUCAACGCCUCUUACGCCGCAUCGCUCACGGACAAGAGCAUCGAGAAAACUUUCAUUGCCCUUGCUGGCGCGCAGCACAAGACUGCCGUGAUGCCGUCAAUGCACUGCGCGAAACGCUGUGGUAACAUGUACACCGCUUCACUAUACGGCGGUCUCGCCUCACUUGUCUCUGCUGUUCCUCCCGAGGAGCUCCGAGGGAAGCGUAUCAGCAUGUUCGCAUACGGCUCUGGUUGCGCAUCGUCAUUCUACACCAUUCGCGUUAAGGGCGACACUACGGAGAUCCGCGAGAAGAUGGACCUUCUGAACCGCCUCGCGUCCAUGAAGGUUGUUCCGUGCCAAGAAUACGUUGACUCCUUGGCGCUCCGUGAAAAGAACCACAACGCAGGCGCAUACAUUCCUGAGGGUUCAAUAGAAAACAUCUGGCCCGGUUCUUACUACCUCGAGAGCAUCGACUCGAAGUACCGACGCAAGUACGCUCGUACACCUGUUGCAUAAGGGAUGAUACAAUUCGUUUCUCUUGGCCCAUUCCAUCUACGUCCUCCGCAUUCAAUCGCUUUCCACAACGGAAUACCAUAUUAACACCGCAACACAAUUUUACGUUUAAUCACCUGGCACGUAAUCCUCCCCCACUACCCCAAACCCGUCACCUGCGUUGCCCUUUGCCUUUGCACACGUCGAGUUCAUCUGGUAUUAUCCCAGCAAAUAUAAAUGUAUCUUAGACCCGCGUGAUUUGGCUUCCGUGGCAUCUUUAAAUUUAGUCCUAACCUCUACCUCUACCUCUACCUUCACCUUUCGCCCUUCG